CUUGGACUUACCGAGAGACAGAGACAGCCCGGAAAUUGUCAUACAGAAUAGAAAAGGGCUGGACUCGGGAGGAGAGAUAAGCUAGAGAAAAGUGACAGAUUAUUAAACGUUCGGUUUCGUUAAGGAUUCCACCAUUUGAAACGAGUCUUCUAAAAUCUACAAAAAUGACGAUCAUGGAAUUUUUCGGCUGCUCCUUCCUGGCGUUUGGGCCUCCAGUAGCAAUGUUCGCCAUCACAAUUGCCAAAGACCCAAUAAGGAUAAUCAUCAUGAUCGCAAGCGCCUUUUUCUGGCUAGUCUCUUUAUUGCUGUCAUCAAUAUUAUGGUUUAUCGUGAUACCCCUGAGGAACGUUCUUAUAUUUGGACUGGUGUUCUCCGUGUUUUUCCAAGAGCUCUUCCGAUUCUUCUUCUACGUCCUUCUAAGAAAGGCUGAGUUUGGCUUGCGAAGAGUCACCGAAGAGGACACCCACAUCAACAACAAUCGACAGGUUUUAGCAUACGUAUCUGGCCUAGGCUUUGGAUUGAUGAGUGGAGCGUUUUCACUGGUUGACGUCCUGGCUGACGCUGCUGGUCCUGGCACGAUGGACCUGAACGGCGGCUCCGAGUACUUCCUAGUGAUCUCGGCCGCCACCACGCUGUGCUUCAUCCUGUUACACACCUUCUGGGGCGUUAUCUACUUCUCUGCCCUGGACCGCAGGGUGAUCUGGCAGGUGGUCUAUGUGAUCGCCUCGCACUUGCUAGUUUCAUGCAUUACGCUUCUCAACCAGUAUCAACAGUACGUGCUCACCCUGAUUGGAAUCUACUUGGUCCUGAUUGCCACUGGCGUGAUCACCUUCAAGGUCGCCGGUGGCACCUUCAACAGCCUGAAGAGAGGCUUCAUGUGGCGACCAGCAGCCUCCAUCAACGUCAGCGCAGAAUAAGGUUGCUUUUGUGACGUGGUUGUAAUUUAUUUACUCUUUGUUUCCUGAGAAUUCCUCUCUUAACAUACCAUAUUUAGUGAAAGACAAAUCCGCUCUUUAUGAACAGUCCUUAUCUUUUAGUUUUAAUUUUCUGUAAUUUAUUUAUCAUUCCAAUGUAAAGCAUGUCAAUGACAGUCAAUGUUUGUUUUUCUCUUUCUUUGAUGGCUAAAUGCGCUAACGGCUAAACAAUACUUAUAUAAAGGCAAUUAUUUUUUUUUGUAAUUUCAACGCUAACUGCUCUAAAAUGAACUUUUUGAGGAAAAGCCGGCGUUAGAAGAUUUUGAUAUAUGUGCAAAAUGAUUGAUGUUCAAGAUUGUAAGUCUGAAGAUGUAAUUGUAAGUAAUUAAAAAAUGCUAAAGUUCUGGGUUGCAAAA